UUGAAGUGGACACAACGACUGCUUACUGUGUUAACACAAGGAAAAUGGUGGCGAGUGGUUUUCUCAGCUUUCUCCACACUAUGGAAUACUGUCUGUGGUUUAAGCAUUGGAGAUCCUUAUUAGGACAUAGAAGGGAGAUAUGCAUCGCUUAGCUAAAGGAUUCUUAAAUUCAAGUUUUAUUUCUUGAUUGGAUUUGUGAUUCAUGUGGAAUUAACUAAAAGGGAUUAAUCGCACUUUGAUACCAAAAGUCAGACUUGUUGGUUGCUGUGAAACACUGCCAGUGUCAGACUAUAGAGACCAGGGGUGGAGAGAGGAUAGAAAGAGAAAAGAGAGGAAGACAGAGGGGAGAGAGAUGAAAGAAAGAAAGGAAGACUGACAGGGAUCAGUAUAAGGAAAUAGCUGGCAGUUCUGUGGAUCAUGUAAGUGUUAGGGUUAGACAGAAUGUUAGGUAACAGAGUAUUUGAGCUGGCUUACUAGAAUAAAGGUAAGCUCAUUAUUAUCAGGCAGGAACUCCCUUCUUACCAGCAGGAGGAAGCAGCAACAGGGUGACACCGGACUGGUUGUAGACUCAUCUCUGAAUUGCCCCUCCAUGGGGACUGGACCGGCCUUCUCAUUGGAAAGCAUUGCAGCCUUCUCAAGAUUGAGAUAUUUGUGCUAGGAGAUGAGAUAUGGAUGACCAUUGGUGGGAUCAGGCAUCUUGGCAUAAUGAGGCAGCCUCUAUGUCUAUGCACCCGGUGUCAUGGCAACCAUCCAAAGAUGGUGAACGCUUGAUAGGGCGGAUUUUACUUAACAAGCGAAUGAAGGAUGGCACAGUGCCCAGAGAUACAGGAGCUCUGCUGGGACUCAAGGUGGUUGGAGGAAAGAUGACAGAUUCUGGUAGACUUUGUGCUUUCAUCACUAAAGUGAAAAGAGGAAGCCUAGCAGAUACAGUUGGUCAUCUUCGACCAGGCGAUCAGGUUCUUGAAUGGAAUGGCAGGUUCCUUGAAGGAGCUACAUUCAAGGAAGUUUACAAUAUCAUACUGGAAUCAAAGUCUGACCCCCAAGUGGAGCUGGUAGUCUCUCGAGCCACAGGAAAUAUUCCCAGUAUCUCUGACACACAUGGACAAAUUGAAUCAAGUUGGAGUUCCUUUGAAUCCCAGAAGAUGGGUCCAGUGAUAUCUGUCACUUCUCCCAUGAGUCCUGGAAUGCUUCAUGAUGCUCCCCAGUACCUGUCUGGACAAGGCUCUAGUCCAAACCUUAAUAGAAGAACCAGGCCUUCAGUCCCUCGGGUCCAGGUCAAACUGUGGUAUGAUAAGAUGGGUCACCAGCUGAUAGUCACCAUCCUGGGAUCUAAAGACCUUCCUUCCCGGGAAGACGGCCGACCCAGGAACCCAUAUGCUAAAAUAUACCUCCUCCCUGACAGAAGUGACAAAAGCAAACGGAGAACAAAAACAGUUAAGAAAUCUGUAGAACCUAAAUGGAACCAGACCUUCAUGUACACCCCAGUCCAUUUGAGGGAGUUUAGAGAACGCAUGCUGGAGAUCACUUUGUGGGACCAGGCACGGGUCAGAGAGGAGGAAAGUGAGUUCUUGGGAGAGGUCCUUAUAGAACUGGAGACAGCUUUGUUGGAUGAUGCAGCCCACUGGUACAAACUGCAGACACACAACAUGUCCUCCGUCCCACUGCCAAGCCCAUCACCCUACAUGCAGAGAAGACUGCUACCAGGAGAGAGAAGGCUACAGAGUACCAUAACAGGGUCCCAGAGAAACAGUGACCCUGAGUUCUCUGAGUUUGACUGUGAGGAUGGGAUCGGAGUCAUAGAAGACUACAGGCAGAAUGGCAGGGAUUUCCAGAGCUCAACGCUGUCUGUUCCAGAUCAGGUUUUGUUGGCCAACCACAGCUCCCGUUCAGAAGUGGCCAGGAUGCGGUUACGCUCUCCCAGUGUUCCUUCUUCACAAAGCAUGUUUGCCCAAUCACCACAGUCCCAGCCAAUGUAUCGAGACGAUGCAGUCCGGUUAUUGCGCUCUGCUAAACUCUCCCGCACCUAUUCUGAAGGGGGCGGGCCUAAUAGUUUGGACAGGAGGAGGCGUGAUAGUUCUCUGUCCAGGAGAAUGUCUGUUGCCUACGAGUCAUUUGAUUCUCCUGAAAGAUAUUUUAAUGGUCCUCAGGCAAUGAAUGGAGCCUCUGAUAACUACAGUACGGAGUACAUCCCAGACUUCCCCUCUGAACACAGGGGGUCUUCUCAGGAGGACAUGUUGAGGGCAAAUUCCCGCUCAAUCCAAACCAGCCCCAGUGGUACCCCAGUGUUCUGUCGAAGAGGACGGCAGCUGCCCACUGUCCCACCCAAGGCCCUUGAUAGAAUAGAUGGAGAAGAGAUCACUGAGCCCUACCCAGUAGGAGGACCAGAGGCAUGUCAAUUCACUCACCCUGCCCAUUACCGAGUCCCCUCCCCUUUCCAGCAGCAGCCCACCCUUCCUUUCCAGCAACACACUCCACAACUUCCCCAACGCCAGCCCCCUGUCCAAUCCCAGCCCCUUAACCAAUUCCAGCCCCCUGUCCAAUCCCAGCCCCUUACCCAACUUCAGACCCCUGUCCAAUCCCAGCCCAUUACCCAACUCCAGCCCCCUGUCCAAUCCCAGCCCCUUACCCAACUCCAGACCCCUGUCCAAUCCCAGCCCCUUACCCAACUCCAGCAACCAAUUCUACCCCAGCCCCCUGUCCCUCCCCAGUCCCUUAUCCAAACCCAGCCCCCUGUCCAACCCCAGCCCCCUGUCCAACCCCAGCCCCCUGUCCAACCCCAGUCCCCUGUCCAACCCCAGUCUCCUGUUCAAUAUCAAAGCACACCCCCUCUUCAGUGUCAAGCUCUUCAUUCGGUGCCUGUUCCGACCAUUCCAGCCCCCACACCAAUCCCAGCCCCCUUACCAACCCCAGCGUCAAACACAGUCCAAACCACCGCCCCUCACCCAACACCUACCCCCGCCCUCCCCCCAACCACUACCCCCGCACCUCCAUCAACACCUACCCCAGCCUCCGCACCAACACCUACCCCCACCCCCACCACAGUGCUACCACAGACUUCUGAGCCAGACAUUGAGAGACGUCAGUCUAAUGUCAACAAUGGGAGGAGCACACCCGGUGGUACGAGAAAAGAAGUGACCUGGGAGGACCAGCAAAGGAAGGCCAAUGAAAGAGUAGAGGACACAGCCUCACAGAAUGCAGAAGGAGCUUUGAAGAAUCCAUCCAAAGCACGGACAGGUUCAGACAACUUCUCUGACAAAUCCUUGGGCAGUGAUGUAUGCGAUGUUCCUGCUGUAUUGAGUUCUCAGCUCAUUAGUGCAACCCCCAUGUCUGUCCAGUCGGAGAGGGCAAAGGAAAUCAGUGAGAGCCAGUUGGAGGAGGGGAAUUUAGCUGGACUGGCUGAGAAAGUCCUGGGAGAAGGAGGUGGCACGGUGGAGGGGGCUGAGCCUGAGGGUGCAGUGUCAGGGGAAGAGGAGGAGGAAGAAGACCCAACAGAAAACAAGCCGGUGACACCCAUCCAGAAGAGCUCAAGUGUUGGCGGGGACAUAUGCUCUCUGAACAGGAAUGAUGAUGAUGAUGAUGACAAGAAGAGGCGCUCCAGCUUCAGUGCUAAAAUAUUGGGACUCGUAGGACUCGGGAAGAAAAGUCAAAGCACCACACAGGUCAAUGAUGAAGAGGAGGAAGGGAAGAAGAAGAUUAUCCGUCUUCCAGUCCAGAGAAGCGUUGAAACAGGAUUGGCCUUGGAGUUCAAGAGCAAAUUGACACGACAGAUCACCCGAGAUUCCUCUGACCCCGAGGCUGAGGCCAAGCCGGGAAACCUCAUCUUCCCUGGGGUUCGUAUUUCAUCUGACAUCCACUUCACAGAGUUCCUGGAAGGGUUGGGUCCUGCACAGCUUGCUGGCAGGCAGACACUUGCUACACCACCUUUGGGUGACAUCCAGAUUGGGAUGGUAUACAGGAAGGAACGUCUGGACGUAGAGGUCAUCAGGGCCAGGGGACUUGUGGGUAAACAAGGCAACAAGCAACUGCCAGCUCCCUAUGUCAAAGUAUAUCUGAUGGACAAUGGGAAAUGCAUAGUCAAAAAGAAAACCCGGCUUGCGAGGAAAACGUUGGACCCUCUCUAUCAGCAACAACUUCAAUUUGAAGAAAAUCCAGAGGGAAAGGUUUUACAAAUUAUCGUGUGGGGAGACUAUGGACGCAUGGACCACAAAUCCUUCAUGGGAGCUGCUCAGAUACUUUUAGAUGAUUUAGAUUUAUCCAACAUGGUGAUUGGUUGGUUCAAACUCUUCCCUCCCACAUCAUUGGUGGAUCCGACCUUGGCACCUUUAACUAGCAAAGCAGCAAUAGCAGAACAAGCAGCAAAUGCAGCAAAAUUGAAGGACGGCUAACAUCUUUCCAGCAACCAGUAAUGGGAUCAGUCUGGUGGGUCUUCGCCCUCUUUGGCCAUGCCCUGGUUCCCCUGGUAACACUGCAUGUUGUGUGUUUUAAACCCAUGAAGAAAGAAACUGGAGACUGGAGCAGGAGUAGAAUGCCCCCUAUGGGAGAUACCGUCUCAAUGCAACAUGGGUUAAUUCCCCCAAACCAUCAUCUUCCCAAGGAUUUUGGGGGACCUGGAAGGAUCUUAGGGGACCGGAAAGCAACAGGAAAGGAAACAUGGACUGUAUUCAGGAGCACUAGAUUUCUGAACCCUAACUUGAAAUCUACAGAAGUCCUGUCUAGUCUUCUAUAUGUACUCAGUGGGGUUCUAUUGGUUAAGGCCAUGAUGAAUCCUGGGAUGGUUGGCAGUGGUCUACUAACCCUAACCCUUAUGUCAAGCAUCCCCCACCACCUUCAUUUUCUCUCAACACAACCUAGAGACUAAUUCUAGACUAAUAUAGUCAGCCAUUCAACUACAACUAACAUUGCCGAGUUCCAAUGUUUACGUUAGACUACCAUAUUCUGUUAGGCAAUAAUUCUAUCUGGUGUUCUAGUAUUGAUGAUUUGGAACCCAAGUUUCAUUACAGUAACCUCAAAAAGUAUUUGGACAGUGUCUCAUUUUGAAAGAACCUUACAGAAAUGCAAACAUGUUUUAUACAUAAUGACCCCAUUUCGGGAUGCAGAAGCAUUUGUAUAGAUUACAAUUAUGUACAAUAAAGAGAUCCAAAUUGCCAAAAUUGUGUGACCAAUUGACAUCAGUGGACACCUGCAUUUGAGCCAUUUUUACUUCCUUCUUGUUUUGAGGCAUGCUCAAUUUGAAUCAGAUCAGGUGAUUGCCUGUGUCUGUCAGUAACUUUUGAACUUUUUUGAAAAUAACGUCAGCAAAACAAAACCCAGUUAAAUGAGUUCAGACGAAUUUGGUUGAGCACAGUUCCUGUACCCUUCAGAAUUCAUCCUGCUGCCGUCGGCAGUUACAUUAGUAAUGAAGAUAAGUGAGACAUUUAUGACCGUUCCCCAUCAUAUUUGGCAGAUGAAGUGAUAUGCCAGUUCCUCUUUUCUUCACACUUUUUCAAUGUUUUCUUUUCCAUAACUGUAAUACUAUUUCCAUAACUGUAAUACAUGUUAAUCUUUGUCUGAUUUCAUCUCAGUACCCUUUUCCACAACUCUACCGUGAUUUCAGAAAGGAUUUAGACCCCUUCACUUUCUCUGCAUUUUGUUGUGAUGUAUUUUUAUUUCUGAUUAAAGAUAUUUUUUGAAUCAGUCUAUAUAGAAUACUUCAUAAUGAUUAAAUAAAAAAUAUGUUAAUAGACA